AUAGUCUACCACCAGUAUAGUCUACCCCCAGUAGUCUACCACCAGUAUAGUCUACCCCCAGUAGUCUACCACCAGUAUAGUCUACCACCAGUAUAGUCUACCACCAGUAUAGUCUACCACCAGUAUAGUCUACCCCCAGUAUAGUCUACCACCAGUAUGGUCUACCACCAGUAGUAUACCACCAGUAGUCUACCACCAGUAUAGUCUACCACCAGUAGUCUACCACCAGUAUAGUCUACCACCAGUAGUCUACCACCAGUAUAGUCUACAACCAGUAUAGUCUACCACCAGUAUAGUCUACCACCAGUAGUCUACCACCAGUAUAGUCUACCACCAGUAUAGUCUACCACCAAUAGUCUACCACCAGUAGUCUACCCCCAGUAGUCUACCCCAGUAGUCUACCACCAGUAGUCUACCACCAGUAUAGUCUACCCCCAGUAGUCUACCCCCAGUAGUCUACCCCCAGUAGUCUACCACCAGUAGUCUACCACCAGUAUAGUCUACCCCCAGUAGUCUACCCCCAGUAGUCUACCCCCAGUAGUCUACCCCCAGUAGUCUACCACCAGUAUAGUCUACCACCAGUAGUCUACCACCAGUAUAGUCUACCACCAGUAUAGUCUACCACCAGUAGUCUACCACCAGUAGUCUACCACCAGUAUAGUCUACCACCAAUAGUCUACCACCAGUAGUCUACCACCAGUAGUCUACCCCCAGUAGUCUACCCCCAGUAGUCUACCUCCAGUAUAGUCUACCACCAGUAGUCUACCCCCAGUAGUCUACCCCCAGUAGUCUACCACCAGUAGUCUACCACCAGUAUAGUCUACCACCAGUAUAGUCUACCACCAGUAGUCUACCACCAGUAGUCUACCACCAGUAUAGUCUACCACCAGUAGUCUACCACCAGUAGUCUACCACCAGUAGUCUACCACCAGUAUAGUCUACCACCAGUAUAGUCUACCACCAGUAUAGUCUACCCCCAGUAGUCUACCACCAGUAGUCUAUCACCAGUAUAGUCUACCCCCAGUAGUCUACCACCAGUAUAGUCUACCACCAGUAUAGUAUACCACCAGUAUAGUCUACCACCAGUAGUCUACCACCAGUAUAGUCUACCACCAGUAUAGUCUACCACCAGUAUAGUCUACCACCAGUAGUCUACCACCAGUAUAGUCUACCACCAGUAUAGUCUACCACCAGUAUAGUCUACCCCCAGUAUAGUCUACCCCCAGUAUAGUCUACCACCAGUAGUCUACCACCAGUAUAGUCUACCACCAGUAUAGUCUACCCCCAGUAGUCUACCACCAGUAUAUUCUACCCCCAGUAGUCUACCACCAGUAUAGUCUACCACCAGUAUUGUCUACCACCAGUAUAGUCUACCACCAGUAGUCUACCACCAGUAGUCUACCACCAGUAUAGUCUACCACCAGUAUAGUCUACCACCAGUAUAGUCUACCCCCAGUAUAGUCUACCCCCAGUAUAGUCUACCACCAGUAGUCUACCACCAGUAGUCUACCACCAGUAGUCUACCACCAGUAUAGUCUACCACCAGUAGUCUACCACCAGUAUAGUCUACCACCAGUAUAGUCUACCACCAGUAUAGUCUACCACCAGUAGUCUACCACCAGUAUAGUCUACCACCAGUAUAGUAUACCACCAGUAUAGUCUACCACCAAUAGUCUACCACCAGUAGUCUACCACCAGUAGUCUACCCCCAGUAGUCUACCACCAGUAGUCUACCACCAGUAUAGUCUACCACCAGUAUAGUCUACCCCCAGUAGUCUACCCCCAGUAGUCUACCACCAGUAGUCUACCACCAGUAUAGUCUACCACCAGUAGUCUACCACCAGUAGUCUACCACCAGUAGUCUACCACCAGUAUAGUCUACCACCAGUAUAGUCUACCACCAGUAGUCUACCACCAGUAUAGAUACCACCAGUAUAGUCUACCACCAAUAGUCUACCAC